CUGAUUUGAUUUUUUCUGUUCUGUUCCGUUUUUUUUUAUUUUCUCAAUUAUUUAAAUGAUUAGUUAAUUAAACUAUGGAUCAGCUGUACCUAGAAAUUGAGAUAAGCACUCAGAACGCCGAAACAACGAUUUACACCAGCGUGUCUUCAUUCUUAGCCCUAUACACAUAUCGCUAUCUCAAUCCCAAGAAUAUCCAAGUUAAUUUUGUGGCCACUAAAAUACAGAGUGGUAAGAUAGCCUUACGCAGUUCCCAGCUGCGACGCGAGCUCACCGACACGCGUAUAACAUGCCGAGAGGCGGCCAAGCUGCCAGCUAUUCGGGAUCUCCGGCUGCCCAUCUAUGAGAAGAAUGGAAACACCUUCAUAGCUGGGACCUGUGCGGUUUGCAGGGAGCUUAUUGCCCGACAGCCGAAUACCGAACUGCGCAAACUACUGGGCUUCAAGGAGAGCUGCCUGCUGGCUCCUUCGGAAGCCUCGAUCUGGACCCGCUUUUGCGAGGUAGAUGUAGUGGACGUUGUGGCCCGUCUGCAUGAUGGCCUUCUGUUGGAGGCAGUUCCCGAAGAAGUGGUACGCUUUGAGCAGCACAUGAAUCAGCCCGUGCGCAUGCACAACAUCUACAAGCAGGCCAGAGAGCAGGCCAAUCAGACGGAGAACGGGGCCAAGAUCAAGCGGAAACAUCGUGUUCAGAUCGAUGGACGUACGCCCAAGGAGCAGCUGCUGAUUGAGCAUCGUUUUGCCGAGGGCAUAAGCUUCACCAUAGCAGAUCUCAUUUUGUAUCCCCUGCUACGAAUAGUCUUCCAGCACUGUGGCCAAAUGUUGCCACAUUUUCCACUGACUAGCACGUGGUUUAGUGAGAUUGACUCCUUUGACGGAACUUGUGCCAAGAUCUUUGCCGAGCUAUACGUGCCGCAGUCCGUGUUGCAGUGCGAGGAGCUCCUGGCUAUACCCGACUGCGAUGCCACUAGUCUCUACAAGGCCGAUCCCAAGCGCUACAAGCCACGCAAUCGGAUCUACACCAGUCAGACGGAGGUAGAUCUGGCGCUCACGAAGCUUUCCGAACUGCAACUGCAGUUCAGCACCGAUUCGGAGCACACUUAUGGCCAGCGGGUCAUCGACUGGCAGCUGAUUGAGCCCACGCAUGCCAAGAGCUCGGCACUGCCACAAGAGCGACUGGAAAGGAAGCGACAGCAGCUGGAGAACAUGGCCAAUGCGGUGGUGUCUCUGGCACAGCCAGGAGAUCGCAUUAUAGACUUUUGCAGCGGCACGGGACACUUGGCCAUACUGUUGGCCCUCAAGCUGCCGCUCUGCACGAUUAUCGUGAUGGAGAACAAGUCUUUCUCGCUGGCUCAAGCCCAGAAGCGAGCCCUGGAGCUGGAACUGAGUAACUGCGUUUUCUAUCAAUGCAACAUUGAUUAUUUUGUGGGUAAAUUCGAAAUUGGAGCUUCGCUACACGCCUGCGGCACGGCAACCGACAUUGUUCUGCAGCAGUGUCGCCGAGUUAAUGCUCAUUUUGUGUGCUGCCCCUGCUGCUAUGGAUCGUUGCAGCCCAUGCCCCACAUUUCCUAUCCGCUUAGUGAACGCUUACAGCGUGUGCUAAGCACAAAGGAUUAUCUCUAUAUAGCCCAUACAGCGGACCAGGCCCAUGAAAUGGGCACAACCAAUUGCAAGCCGGAGACGACAUUGCAGGGUCUGCAUUGCAUGUCCAUUGUGGACACGGACCGCAAGCUGCAGUCGGAGGAGGCGGGCUACCAGGUGAUACUCACCCGUCUCAAGCCCGAACAGUGCACGCCAAAGAAUCACUUGCUAGUCGGACGUUUUGUUAAACAGAACUGAACUGAUGUACUGAUGAUAUUGAGAUACUGCCCACACAGAGCACAUGAAUAAAUGCAUUUUUAAUAUAUUUA